AUGGGACAAGAGGUGGCGGCAGCGGGGGUGGGUGCAGCACCGGCGAGGACGGUGGCGGCACCAACAACUUCUUUGGCGCCGGGGUUCAGAUUUCAUCCGACGGAUGAGGAGUUGGUGAGAUACUAUCUGAGGAGAAGGGCAUGUGGGAAGCCCUUUCGAUUUCAAGCUGUUACUGAAAUUGAUGUCUACAAAUCUGAGCCAUGUGAACUUGCAGAUUAUGCAUCCCUGAAGAGCAGAGAUCUAGAAUGGUACUUUUUCAGCCCUGUGGACAGAAAAUACGGCAAUGGGUCUCGGCUGAAUCGUGCCACUGGUAAAGGGUACUGGAAAGCAACUGGAAAGGAUCGCCCUGUGCGCCAUAAAUACCAGACUAUUGGAAUGAAGAAAACCCUUGUUUUCCAUAGCGGACGAGCACCUGAUGGAAAGAGAACAAAUUGGGUAAUGCAUGAGUACAGGCUUUGCGAUGCAGAAUUAGAAAGGGCUAGAGUAGCACAGGAUGCGUUUGUGCUCUGUAGAAUCUUUCAGAAGAGUGGUUUAGGACCACCUAAUGGGGAUAGAUAUGCGCCUUUUGUUGAGGAGGAAUGGGAUGAUGAUACUGCCCUUGUGGUUCCUGGUGUAGAGGCUGAAGAUGAUAUGCCCAAUGGUGAUGAAGCACGGGUCGAGGGCAAUCACCUUAAUCAGGAUGCUCAUCCUCUCAGCAUGGCUCCUCCCCAAGUCGAGAAUCAAAUUGAGCUGCAGAGUCUCUCGUUUGCUUUCAAGAGGGAGAGAUCUGAAGAAGAUCCCGAACCACUUUCUUUAUCUCAAAGCAAAAGAUCAAAGCAUGAUGAUCCUAACUCAAGCCAUGCAAAUGGAUCAGAAGAUUCAACCACGACAAGCCAUGAUCCCUCAACAAUGAUGAUGACGACAAAUUUUUCACCUGCACUUCUGGAAUUUCCUUUGUUAGAACCUGUAGAACCUAAAGAGAAUAAUCCAGUUAACCUGCUUACCUUCGAUUCCUCUAACCUCGAGAGGUCUGUGCCUCCCGGAUAUUUGAAAUUUAUCAGCAAUUUGGAGAACGGGAUCUUGAAUGUCUCCAUGGAGAGGGAAACACUGAAAAUUGAAGUGAUGAGGGCCCAAGCGAUGAUCAACGUUCUUCAGUCCCGUAUUGAGAUCUUAACUAAAGAAAACGAGGAUUUAAGACAACAUCGUGUUCAUGAGGGCUAG